GCACGUGAGUGUGUGUGUACAAAUACACACACGCACUUCGACGUACAAAUGGAGGAAAGAGUGCUCAGUACGCUGGCAAAAUGCAUUCUUCCAUCAAAGCUGUUGAUUCAUUCUGUACUCAGACUUUGAAGGUUUGAGUCCUCCUUUAGGUUACAAAAUGGAGCUUUUCAAGGACUGCCCAUAUUGACACCGUAUAGCAACAGGUACCAGCUCCGAAUGAAUACCCCACCACACACACACACACACACACGCAAGCAUUUACACAUACCGUUUCUGUAUUGCAGUCGCACUGAUGAUUUCUGUAAGAAACAGCUGCCAAAAUUUUCCUCAGUAAACUUUUCAUAGUCUUUCAAAAUAAGGAACCCUCGUUUUAAAUUAUCUCUCAAGACAAUAUAUAUUCUCUCGUAAGGACAGGAUGUCCCUAGCUUUUUGUGAACUGAUAAGACGAAUAAGGAAGCCUUACUUCCAACGACUGCUAGAGACUUCUUAAUCAUUGCAUAUCCAGGAUGCUGGAUCUGUGAAAUACUUCUAAUCAGCUGCUUCAGUAUCGUACAAUCUGCUGAAGUAUGAAUCCAGGGCUUUUCAACGACGAUAACACAAAACUACAUCAACAAAUGUGUUGACAGCUUUACUCGUUGACGAAUUCAGAAGUCUUCUUAUUACAAGUCGGAUGUUAAAAGUUGAAAAGGAAGAAAGAAAAACCACAAAAAAAAAAAAAAAAACGAGUUACUAAACAACACCCCGCCCCUACUUAGAUGGUCUUGUGACUCAAAAAUAUAAAUUUACAACAAAACGAAUAAAUAAGGCAGCCUUUUUUUUUUUACGGAUUCGCAGGCGAGAACAGGAAAACAAGUGCAGCGAGCAAAUCAAAUUUGAAGUCAAUUAUAAUUAUGAAAUGUUACUUUUUACGUAAAUAUUUAUGCAGAAAACCAUUUAGGCGCACUUUGCCAACAUGAGGUGUGUGUGUGUGUAUGAUAAAGAGAGAGAGAGAGAGAGAGAAAGGGGGAAGUGUAUAUGGUAGCAUGCUCCACGGUAUUUCCGAUGGAUAAGGCUCUCCUUGGGAGUAUUAUGUGUUAUCGCUCGUUCACUGACCACCUCCAUAAAAUACGAAAAUACAACUCGAACCGACGAGCGAACAAUCGACUCCUAUGUGGUCGUUAGACCUGCUAGAAGUUAUAGCCAAAUCUCCUUCAGAUCGCACCCUACAAUAUCGGCUUGACUCGCUUUUGGCCAUAGUUCUGCUCGAUCAGGGCCAACCUGAGGUUAGCAGCAAAAAUGCAAAUGUUUAUCGAGUCAACAGAAAGGGCCUCUCUAUGCGGCCGCUCAAGUUGCAAAGAGUAUAGCAUUCAACUCUCCAUCGAAGUACAUCCUGCCAAAUAUCUUUAAAAAGCUAAAAAUACAUUGGAUAAUAUCAGCUUGAAUACUCGAUAUAUAGACCAGCGAAAACCCAACAAACAAAAUAACACACACACAUAUAUAUAUACAGACAGAGGCAAGAGAGAGCCAAAAGUCUGGAGAGGAUUGAAGAAUCAAGUCUUCAUGUUUAACGCGCGCACACACACACACGGUUUUUAUUUGAAGCUGUAUCGACAAAUGACGAUUCCGAGUUCCGAAUUGACAACCACAAAACAACAACAAUUGAUGACCGAAGCUUUGAGCGAGGAAGCCCAUUGCAAGUUACUGAGGAAUUUGUUGAAAAUUACAACAAAGUUAAGAAUUUAGAAGAACAGAAGAAAUAUCAUGCAAGGGCAGUUCAAAUGCUUCUUAGAAUCAAAUGGAAUGUGGGUUUGUCAAAUUCUGGUUUUCGAAAAGAUGCCAAUGUCAGUUCAGCAUGGUCAGAGUUGAUUCUGUUAUUGAAAUGCAAAGGAGAUAUUCAACAAGAGUGUCUGGGUCUUCUGCUGAUGUCACUGAAACUGGUUCCCGUUGACUGCAACCUUGUACCAUUGCUGCUGUUGCUGGCAGACACCCUGUUGUCCCUGUUGAGUGCACACUUCACCCAGCAGUCGUUCCUCAGAGAAACUCACAUGAAACAACUGAAGGUUUGUCAACUUGUCUUCAUGCGCUUGUAUUAUCACAAAAUGGCCAACCACCUUGAUGGAUGGCAAGAAGUGAAGAAAAGAUUACAUUCUUACUUUGCCAGCUUCUCUGAUUUCGCCUCCUUCUACACCAAGCAUCCAGAUGCCCACUUGUUGUUCAGAUUUAUUAUACAAGUUGCUGACAUCAUCUUGGUUGAUGAUGAUCUUGAAAAUGACACAAAUUAUGAGUUCUUUUCUCAUAAUUUCAAAACAGAUUUACUCCCACCAGCUCUGCUGAGUAAGGUCGAAAGCGAUUCACCUCCCCCUGAAAUCUCUUGUCCCUCCCGUCACAGUUCAUGGGUGAGUAAGAGCAUGCAUGAACUUAGUGCUCCUUUAUGGCAUGCCUUAAAUGUUUGGAAAUACCAAACAUUGUGUUCCGGGGAUGGAAUGAUCAGAGAUACAAUGAACAAGAAGGAACUGUAUUUUGUUGACUCUCUUUCCUCGUUGAUACAAUGCACUUUUAAUCUGGACACAGCUUCUUGCUGGGUCGACUACGUUGUUGCCUUAAACGUGUUAGCUGAAGCAGCAAAGAGGAACUUCACAGUUCUAAGUAUCCUUCAAUAUUUAGCAUUUUGUAGCAUAUGUAAAAAUGGUUGGCAAAAUACGAGAGAAGAUGGUUCCCAAAGACACUCAGCAGGAUUUGAAGACAGAAAUCAAGUUAAAACCAAAGAACCGAAAGAAACGGAGAAUGAUUUUAAACGUAUUUCACAUGGAACAUCACAGAGUUGCUUCUACAAAAGAAACGAAAUCUUUGGUGAUUCGAAGGAAUCUGAUAACAAGGUGUCUGCAGAAACGGAAGAAUACGGUUUUGGUUUUUGGCCGUGGGACAUCAUCUUCAUUUAUACAGAGCUUCUUGGUGAUGUUCUUCUAAAUGGCAGUACUUCACACAUUCAGAAGAGGGCACUUAUGGGAGAUAACUGCAAACUAAUGGAGGAGUCUUGCUACAAAAGACAGCAACAAUUUCAACUCAAGUCAGAUUUAAACUUCCAAAUUGACACCAUUCAUAAUUUGUGUGGUGUCAGCCUGCUUGAACUCACUCACUUCAAAUCUCCACAUGAGAUAUCUAUGGAAUCCGCAGAUGAAGACAACUGGAACUGGAGAAUACGCCUGGGAGCAAUUCAGGCUCUGAUGAGGGUCUACUAUUGUUUGUUAGAGGAACCAACCAGAGAGGUCUUGUUAACAACGCUAUGGACUAUACUGCUGCAGGUGAACCAGACUGAACGGAAUCCUUGUGUUUUGGAAGCGCUACAUUCUAACUUUUUUUAUUCUACAAGGAAGACAGCCCUGUCUUUUAGGCAGACUUCACUCCAUAACUUCAUGUCACACAUGGCUGACAACUUGGUCGAGAUUUAUUUACUAGAAUCAUGUGGCAGCAAGGAACAGCAGAAAGAACAAGAACAACAUCAGCAACGACAACAACAACAACAACAACAAAUCACAAACAGAAACAGUUUGACCCAGAAAUUAAAUGAGAACAAAUUAUCAAUAUUUGAUCAAAGGAAAUCCAUUUUUCCUCCGAGAAGGAAAAAUGUCCAGACAAGACGUUUCCAAAGUUACAGAACAAGAACAUCUUUGAAUUUACAAGAAGUCAUAAAAGAUCAGUGGAACAAUGAAAACCCAGGUGACCUUUGGGAAGAUCUACAGGAUGUUUAGUCCUGCAACUCUGAUAAAAAUGUAAAAUAGACACACUGGAUGUACACUAAGGAGAAGAACAUUCCACAAGAAAACGUGUUCAUGGGUCGGGGUAGUGGUAUGCGUUAUAAUUAUUCAUGAAGCAAGGGAAAUGGGGAAGGCUAUUGUGCAGCAGCUGCAAAACCUGCUUUAUAUAUAUAUAUCGACACACAAAACAUUUCUAACACGAGUAUCACAGAUUGUCUUGUUAUUUGGUGAGCACUUGGACUAAAUAUUGCAAUUGCACAAGAUUUAUCAAUGAAAUAGAUUUAUUCUUAUUUAUAUAUAUAUAAAAAUUAGACAGUAAUGUUGUUGAAAACAACCAACCAAAGUUCAAACUACAAAUUAAACACUUUUUUUUGUUUAUAUUUAGCACAGACGGAGGGGUGGGGCGGAUAGGUGAAACUGUCUUUUCUCAAACAUUGAAGGGAAUAAAAAAAAUCUCAAUUGUAAUAUUUCUAAAAUACGAGGAAAAACAAAAGUUAAACAAAAGAAGAUACUACUGAAAUGUGUAUUUCUCUUUUACUUGCUUCAGCCAUAAGACUGGUCAUGCUGGGGCAGCGCUUUGAUGAAUUUUAGUCAAAAGAAUUGACCCCCAGGACUUUUUUUUCUUAAAGCAAUUGAGAAAUUAUUUUAGCAAAUGAAUGCUGUGUAGGAAUUUUGAUUGCUGAACAGUGAUGCAUAAUAAUCCUUUGUUAUAGGCACAAGGCCAGCAAUUUUGACAAGGGGGUGGGUGUGAUUAACUGUAUAUAUUGGACCUUAGUACUUGAAUCGGUUACAUCCACAGUUUUUUCUAUUCAGUAUCUAUAAAAUUCUAUAUCAAAUUUA